AUGUAUCUCGUCUCUUUGUUGUUUUGUCUUUAUCAAGGCGCAACCCUCAUCUCGGCUCAGCAACAAAGUAGCACUGACUAUACGGAUGAUGCCGAUUUCCGCGACGCGAUAUUGAAUGGGACGAACACGUACCGCAAACAGCAUAAUGCCACAGAUCUCGUGUGGAACGAUACACUAGCGGAGUAUGCGAAUGAGUGGAGUCAGGAUUGCAAGUUUGACCACAGUAACGGUCCUUAUGGAGAAAAUCUUGCAUCUGGAUUCCCCAGUGCGUCGGAAGCGAUCGUUGGCUGGGGUGAAGAACGAGUAAACUACGACUUCGAAAAGGGAGACUUUAGCAUGGACGCGGGCCAUUUCACUCAACUUGUCUGGAAAUCCACAACCCAAGUCGGCUGCAGUCGCACUGAGUGUAACGGUGGCGAAGAUGGAGGCAAGGGCGAUGCACCUGGUUGGUACGUUGUAUGCGAGUACUCUCCAUCAGGUAAUGUCAUAGGAGAAUUUGUCGAGAAUGUACAAGAGCAGGUAUCGGACAACGAAUAG